AUGCAUCACAGUCAUUUCCGCCACUCUCGCAUUGAGAGGCUCAUGAGCGCCAGGCACCACCUACAGGCCGAACUCACCGACGAUGCCAUUGACAUCGGCUUACUUGAAGACCAUUCUCCGUCAGCGACUCCCAAUCUCCCUGCUACAGAUGUCAUUACGGAUGAGACUUGCGAUCCGUCGAAGAAUGCCACGUGCCUUGAGCGUGAGUUGAAUGGAUCUGAUAGAUCACCUCAGAAACGGGAUGAGACGACACCUACUGCUACGACUGUUGUUGAGACUGUCUUGCAAGUAGUCGACACUAGCUCGCAUACUCUCUGGCAGUCGACUGGGGCUGCUUUUCCGAUGACAUUUUCAGAUCCAUCAGUUGGCACUUUUACCAUACCACCAUCUGAUAGUGCGACUGCAACCGCGACUGCCUCUGUCUCUAUCUCUGCGGAACUGUCAAUGCCCACGUUACCUCCACUUGUGUCUGCCACUCAGUCGGCUACAUCACUGCUUAGCGAACCCUCAUUAAGCAGCAUUACGAAUUCGACUCAAUCUACUACGAGUCGUGCUCCCUCGUCAUCAAGAAUUGUAUCGGCCAUCAGCUCUCCGGCGACCUCGACUCCUCUUGCUGCUCCUUCAACCGUGUCGUCUUCUAGUUUCAACUCACCGUAUGGGUACUACUGGUCACAAUCGGAAACAGAUUGGGCCUCGUCGACCUCGAAAAGCUCAACCGCAACCUAUACAUCCUCCUCGACAAGCUCCUAUGGAAGCUCUGAAGAGACCAGCACUGAAACAGGUAGCGGUUCCACACCAACGGCUAGUGAAACGACCGCCGUAGGAACUGGUUCAUCGAGUGACGCCGCUACACCCAAAAUUGUUGGUGGGGUAGUCGGAUCGAUCGCUGGUCUCGCUCUGCUUUUGUUCCUCCUUGUCUACUUCCUUCGUCGCCGAGGACUACUCCGUGGUAAAAUGGGGGCUCAUGCUCCUCUCUCGGACGACGCAGCAAUUGGAACUGUAGCUGGAGCUGGAACAAGAGAAAUCGCCGAACGUCGGUCGAGCAACGACCCCCUUUUCACUGCAUCAUACUUUGCCCCCGCUUUCAUGAAACGCUGGCGUCAGUCAACUCAAACAGUGCGUACCGAAAGUACCAUCGACUCAAAUUCCAGCGAACGCGGCUUCCAAAAGAUAUCCGGGCGAAAACUUCCCCCCGUUCUCACACAUGGCGGUGAUGGAUUCGGCGGCGGCCUAGAUGGAGACUCCCCCACAGUCCCAGGUUUCCCCCCUACUUCUCCAGGUCCAGGACCAACUGGCUCUCCCGCCUUCCAUGCUCCGCCCCCUGCCUCGCCAUAUGGUAUGCCCCUCGACUCAAAAUACACCCGUGAGAUCGAAGAGCACCAGCCACCUGUCCCGCCUUCCCCCGUGCACCUCCCCAUCUCCAACACGGUGCCUGUUGCCACUCCCAUCACAGUGACGCCAGCUCAUCCUGUGGCCCAGCCCCAGAGUGCCAUUCCCAUCGUCCCGCAGCGACCAGAUGGGUUGGGCCGCAGCUUGCCGAGCUUCGACGGGAGUCGAAGCAGUCGAUUCACGGAGGGCAUCGACAUGUGA